AAAAAAGUACAUAUUACUUAAACCAAGGCCUGCAGAUAAACCUCUAAAAAACCCCAAGUCCUUCGCGGAGACAAUUUCAGUUUCUCCGACCAGCUUCCAUAGCCGAAACUGCACUCUUGGGUCUUCCAGUUGCUGCGCAAACGGUUCUCUACACCCCAACUUCUCCAUGCAUCUAACCGCAAUAACUUCUCACCCGCCGAAUCCAAUAAUACAUUCAUCUUCAACACCACUCGUCCUCAACCCCCUCUUUCUCAGAUUACCCUUCAAAUGCCGACGAAAAUUGAAAAGACCUACAUUUUCAGCUUCUUCUUCUUCUUCGAACACUAAUAAUAAUAAUAAUCCUGAAGGGUUCUCUUGGCUGCGCCUUUCCCAGUCCAUUCGCCGCGGUUCAGAACUGUUCGUCAAGCAAUUGGGUGACUCUGUGAAGAAAGAGACCGGUUUUGAUUUUGACGAUGCUAAAAAUAUAGUCGCAGAAUUUUCUGGUCGAGCUGUUGACUCUGCCAAAAAGGGGCAAAUUCACCUCCAACAUUUUAAGUCCGAGUUGUUUCCCGACUUCUUAAAUUGGAACAAAUUCGAGUCCUGGAAGGACAUCAAGAAAUGGGAUUCAAAGAGAGUUGGUGUCUUCAUUGUGUAUGUUAUAGUCACGGUAUUUUCUUGUCAAAAAAUAUAUAUGGCAAUUCGAGCUCCUAUGAUCAAUAGGGAGCGAAAAGAACUUACAGAGGCAUACAUGGAGGCACUGAUUCCUGAACCUACUCCUGUUAAUGUCAAAAGAUUCAAGAAAGGUCUGUGGAGGAAGACUACCCCCAAAGGUUUAAAGUUAAAGAAGUUCAUUGAAGCAGCAGAUGGAACUCUUAUUCAAGAUAGUUCCUACAUUGGUGAAGAUGCUUGGGAAGAUGACACAGGCAGUCAUGAUAUGAAAGAGGUGAUAGAACGUGAUACUAGAUUGAGAGUAGAGGAUAAAGAGACUCUGAAAGAGAAUCUUGGAAUUUCAGCUGAAAAUCAGGAUAUGAGUGGAACAUGGCGUGAAAGGCUUCAAGCAUGGCACGAAAUUCUUAGAAAGGAGAAGAUGGCAGAACAAUUAGAUUCAGUAAAUUCAAGGUAUGUGGUUGAAUUUGACAUGAAGGAAGUGGAGAACAGCCUUCGCAAAGAUGUGGUUGAGAAGACAAGAGAAACCCAAGGAGCCAGGGCAUUGUGGAUCUCCAAAAGAUGGUGGAGAUAUCGUCCUAAACUUCCUUAUACCUAUUUUCUUCAGAAGCUUGAUACUUCUGAGGUGGCUGCUAUAGUAUUCACGGAGGAUCUGAAGAGAGUGUUUGUCACAAUGAAAGAAGGAUUCCCACUUGAAUAUAUUGUUGAUAUUCCACUAGAUCCUUUCUUAUUUGAGAUGAUAUCAAGUUCUGGAGCUGAAGUUGAUCUACUUCAGAAGCGGCAAAUUCAUUACUUUCUCAAAGUUCUUUUUGCUUUAUUGCCUGGCAUACUGAUUUUGUGGUUUAUAAGAGAAUCUAUGAUGCUUCUGCACAUCACGACAAAGCGCCUCCUCUAUAAGAAAUAUAAUCAACUUUUCGAUAUGGCUUAUGCUGAAAAUUUUAUUUUGCCAGUUGGAGAAGUUGGUGAGACGAAAUCGAUGUAUAAAGAGAUAGUAUUGGGAGGAGAUGUUUGGGAUCUUUUGGAUGAAUUGAUGAUUUAUAUGGGAAAUCCAAUGCAAUAUUAUGAGAAAGAUGUCAAAUUUGUGCGGGGUGUGCUUCUGUCUGGGCCUCCUGGAACAGGCAAAACACUGUUCGCUCGGACACUUGCAAAGGAAAGUGGGAUGCCUUUUGUAUUUGCUUCUGGUGCAGAGUUCACUGAUAGUGAAAAAAGUGGUGCUGCACGAAUCAAUGAAAUGUUUUCUAUUGCUAGGAGAAAUGCUCCAGCUUUUAUAUUUAUAGAUGAGAUUGAUGCUAUUGCUGGAAGGCAUGCAAGAAAUGAUCCGCGCAGGAAAGCAACAUUUGAGGCUCUGAUUGCUCAGCUUGAUGGGGAGAAAGAAAAAACUGGUGUUGAUAGGUUUUCACUAAGACAAGCUGUCAUAUUCAUCUGUGCUACCAAUCGGCCAGAUGAACUCGACUUAGAAUUUGUCCGCCCUGGACGUAUUGACAGACGGGUGUAUAUUGGUUUACCAGAUGCAAAGCAACGAGUGCAAAUUUUUGGAGUUCACAGUGCUGGGAAGCAGCUUUCAGAGGAUGUUGACUUUGAGAAACUUGUCUUUCGUACAGUUGGAUAUUCUGGAGCAGACAUAAGAAAUCUAGUCAAUGAAGCUGGAAUAAUGUCUGUAAGGAAAGGACAUUCUAAGAUCGACCAGAAGGAUAUUAUUGAUGUUUUGGACAAGCAAUUGCUUGAGGGUAUGGGUGUGCUCCUGACAGAGGAAGAGCAGCAAAAGUGUGAGCAGAGUGUAUCUCGUGAAAAAAGACGAUUGUUGGCAGUCCAUGAAGCUGGUCACAUUGUCUUGGCGCACUUGUUCCCUCAAUUUGAUUGGCAUGCUUUUUCUCAGCUUCUACCUGGUGGCAAGGAAACUGCGAUAUCCGUUUUCUACCCUAGAGAAGAUGUGGUUGAUCAAGGUUAUACAACCUUUGGUUACAUGAAAAUGCAAAUGGUAGUAGCUCAUGGAGGGCGCUGUGCAGAACAUAUUAUAUUUGGUGAUGACAUUACUGAUGGAGGAAUAGAUGAUCUAGAAAAGAUUACAAAGAUUGCUCGGGAAAUGGUGAUAAGUCCUAGAAACUCCAGGUUGGGCCUUACUGCUUUGACAAAGAGAUUAGGAUUGGGUGAUCGGCCUGAUAGUCCUGAUGGUGAGAUUAUAAAAUAUAAGUGGGAUGAUCCUCAUAUAAUUCCUGCUAAUAUGACAGUUGAAGUUUCUGAGCUAUUUACUCGUGAAUUGACAAGGUAUAUUGAUGAGACAGAAGAACUUGCAAUGAGGGGAUUGAUGGCCAACAGACAUAUACUGGAUUUAAUUUCCAAUGAGCUUCUUGAACACUCGAGGAUAACUGGAUUGGAAGUAGAAGACAAAAUUAGAGGGUUAAGCCCUACCAUGUUUGAAGAUUUUGUGAAGCCUCUUCAAAUAAACAUGGAGGAGGAAGGACCAUUGCCUCAUAAUGACCGUUUGAGUUAUCAACCGCUGGACAUUUAUGCCGCACCCCUCCACAGAUGUUAAAAUCAGUGGUGGCAGUAGGAAUUUUGUGGUCAGACUAGUAUGGGAAGUCGUCAAGUAGUGAAAAUUGGGGCGCAGAUAAUAGAGAGGGAAUUACCUUUUUUCACAUCAACUCCUUCGUGAAGUUCCAACGCAAGUGCCAAUGGAAAUACUGCUAAAAUACAGAUACGUUGGGUAGGCCUGUGCACUGUUUCAUUUCUUGGCUCUGGUAUUCAUCUUUUUGUCUCUCGCCUUUUUCUUCUCUUUUUCCUUUCCCUUAUAUUAUUUCAUGCUUUAUUUAGAGGAACUUUGUAUAAGAAGGUUUAUUAAGAGUUGUAAUGAUGUGCGGGUGUUGGAUAAUAAGUUUGUGUCUUCUUAGAUUUGAUUCUGUGGAUCUUCCGAUGUUUGUGCCUACGCAUUGGAAGCAUUUGGUUAUUACCUGAAAAUUAAGGGAUUAAAGCAAGGGAGGGAACAACCCUCCUGGACAAGCGAAAAAAGAAGAAAAAAGGUUCAGGUGAAGCCAAGUGAUAGCUAAGAGAAAGCACGAGGAAGAGAACAGAGAGCUCAGCAGUUGGAGAGUUUGAUGAUCGAUCACGUUCUUUGUAUAAAGCAUGUUUUUUCCCCCAAUGCUUUGCAUAACUGAUUUUAAGACUAUUUAUGCAUCAUUAUAUUGCAAAGCUUAUAUUUUGCUAACUA